CUGCAACAUGCUGCUAUCAGCAGCAAUUGGUUAGAGACUGAACAAGAGAGUGGGAGAUUUUUGUAAUACGGUAGUCACAGGAACGUGCUCCAGAGCUCAGCUGUUGUGCUAUUCGUUUAACCUCUUCAGGCAAGAAGGUAGUAGAAGCUUCAUGAUGGACUCCAUUUCUAGACCAGUUACUGAGUUUUGCCUUGAUCUCUACAAUAAGCUCAACAGAAAUGCAGAGGACACAAAUAUAGUCUUCUCUCCAAUGAGUAUCUCUGUUGCCCUGGCCCUGAUCCAUCUAGGUGCAAGAAACAACACUGCUGCUCAGAUAGAAAAAGUGCUCCACGUCAGGAAAUCUGCAGGAGGAAUGAGCCUUGGACAUGAUCAAGAUAAUGCAGCCCCAGAAAUGGAGCCAGAAGAAAGCCGGGAGAGGCAGCCUUCCUUCUCACAGUGUAACAAGGAUGGAGAUCUUAACCAUAAAGAGUUCCAGACAUUGCUUUUACAACUACAAAACCUUGGAGAAAGAUAUGUUUUAACCCUGGCCAACAAUCUUUUUCUACAACAAGGAUUUGAAAUCCAGCAGCAAUUUCUAAGGUGUACCAAGGAACUGUAUGGAGCAGUGCUGCAAACAGUGGACUUUCAUGGUGCUGUUGAAGCUGCCAGAAGAAAAAUUAAUGAUUGGGUUGAGAGUGAGACACAAGGUAAAAUCAAGGAACUCUUUGCUCCUGGUGUGAUUGAUGGACAUGCAUUGCUGGUGCUGGUGAAUGUAAUCUACUUCAAAGCACCCUGGGAACACAAGUUUGAGGAACAAAAAACAGUACAGAGAGAUUUUAAACUGAAUCAGAACAGAAAAAAACCCGUGCAGAUGAUGUACCAGAAAGGCACAUUUAAACUAGGCUACAUUGAGGAAGUGGGUGCUCAGAUCCUUGAACUCCCCUAUGCUCAGAAAUCACUGAGCAUGAUCAUCCUGCUGCCAGGUGACGUGGCUGAUGGAUCUAUCAAUGGGCUGGAGAAGAUUGAAAGCACAAUGACCUAUGAAAACUUAAUGCUGUGGACCUCUGUAGAGAACAUGUUUGAGACAACAGUGGAGGUCUACCUCCCCCGAUUCAAGCUCGAAGACACCUUUAACCUCAAUGAGGUGUUGCAAGAGAUGGGGAUGACUGAUAUUUUCACUGAAUCAAAAGUUGACCUCUCUGCAAUGUCGUUUGCAAAAUCUCUGGUGCUGUCAAAUGUUGUCCAUAAGACAUAUGUGGAAGUCAAUGAGGAAGGCACCGUAGCAGCGGCUGGUACAGGAGCUAGCAUUGUGAGGAGGUCUAUGCCUAUCACAGAGAUGUUUAUGGCUAAUCACCCUUUCCUAUUCUUUAUUCGACACAAUCCUACCAAUACUAUUAUUUUCUUUGGCAAACUCUGUUCGCCUUAAAAUCAAGGUUAUUUUACAACAUUGUGAGGAACACCUGGAUGAAAAUCAGAAAUUGUAUUUUUUUUUCCCCAGUGCAUUCUUAAUCCUAUGACAGCUGGUUUGUACUUCAAAGUAAUCACUGUAACCAGUUUUGUUUAAAACCUAUUAACUAGAUGCUCUGUCACUAGGCUCCUUGAAUUGUAAAUAUUGAUCUGAAUCCAGAAUGGGAGUAAAUUUUACCUUAACCUCACUGAGUAUGAAUA